GCCACAAAAGCGAGGAGGAGGAGGCUGUCUGGCUCGCACGCCCGCGCGUGCGGUGCAGCCCUGCAGCUCCCGCCCCCCGCCGCCGCCACCGCUGCCGCCGCCGCCUUUCUGUCUCCUCUCUCCCUCCGUACUGGACUCCGGUGCAUUUCCGGCCCGGGGGGAAUUUGGGCAUCGGAGCCGGCCCGGGUGCUCGGGUGGCUGCGGCCGGCCCGCGGGGUGGGCGUGCGUGCGCCCAGGUCUCCUCCGUGCGCCCGCCCGAAGCCGAGCAGGCGCCAUGGCCGACGUGAGUGUGGAUCAGUCCAAGCUGCCGGGCGUGAAGGAAGUGUGUCGAGAUUUUGCUGUCCUGGAGGACCACACCCUAGCUCAUAGCCUGCAGGAACAAGAGAUUGAGCAUCAUUUGGCAUCAAACAUUCAGCGGAACCGUCUGGUCCAGCAUGAUCUGCAGGUGGCUAAGCAGCUCCAAGAGGAAGAUCUAAAAGCCCAAGCUCAGCUCCAGAAGCGAUACAAAGACCUUGAACAACACGACUGUGAAAUUGCUCAAGAAAUUCAGGAGAAACUGACUAUAGAGGCCGAGAGACGACGAAUUCAGGAGAAGAAGGAUGAGGACAUAGCACGUCUUUUGCAAGAGAAGGAGCUACAAGAAGAGAAAAAGAGGAAGAAGCACAUUCCAGAGCCUUCUGGGGGCUGUACUUUUGGGGAUAACUACUAUCAUGAAGAUGGAGACCAGCCAAGGUCAAGGAGGGCCAGGGAAAUGGGAAACUCAAGGUUUUAUAUACUCCAAAAUGAUGGAAACACUGUAAAGCAGAAGAAGGGGAAAUCAAGGCAUCUGUUGGAGAAGUUGGAAGAGAUGGAGGAACCAUGUUCAUCAGAGAGAUCUCUGCCUUCUAGCUCAGGCAGAGGGAGGGGUGAUGCCCAGACUUCCAGUGAUCAGCAUGAAAGAAAGCAGACUGGUCAAGAGAGGCUCCGGAAACCUCCACUUCCGAAGAUCAGUGGUGAGGUAUUUCUGAGCACUGACUCUGAUGACUGGGAGGCUAAGAGUAGCCCUCGAACUCGGAGUUGGGAAAAACAGUCCCGACACCAUGGCAGACUUUCACCCAAGUCUUUACAGAAAACAGGGCUUCCCUCUGAUGAAAUUGUGUGUGGGAGGGAACUUGGGCAAGGUGAUCACAGAGAACGGAGAAGUAAGCCCAGGACUCCUCCCUUCUCAGAGGAUGAAGAACUUCGACACCACCAUGAUGCAGGAAUGAAACCAAGAGGAAUAAAAGAAGCUGUCUGUCCUCCCACACGAGUGAGCCCCAGGGACCAGGAAUGGUAUGAUGCUGAAAUUGCCCGAAAAUUGCAAGAGGAAGAACUUUUGGCUACCCAUGUGGACAUAAGAGCGGCUCAGGUUGCCCAGGAUGAGGAAAUUGCUCGACUUUUGAUGGCUGAAGAAAAAAAAGCUUACAAGAAAGCUAAAGAGCGAGAAAAGUCAUCUUUGGACAAAAGAAAACAUGAUCCUGACUGCAAGUCAAAAUCAAAGUCAGCACACUCAAAAUCAAAAGAGAGUGAAGAAGCAUACCGUUCCAAGACUGACAGGCCGUCAAGACCCCCACCACCUACAGGGAUGGACCCUGUGGAUCUGGACCACACGCAUCUUACAAACCAGCACAGUGCCACUCGUCAUUUCUCAAAGGCGGAGCCCUCACAUAGAGGUUUCCAUAAUAAGCAGUAAAAGGAAACAAACAAAAAAUGGAAUCUGCCUUGAAAAUGGACUUGCUGUAGCACAUAUGAACUGAACAAUACCGAGUGCAUUCCACAUUGGCUGUCCUUCUGUGCCAUUCCUGGAGUUACUCUCAAGUGUUUUCUAACUAUAAACAAUUUCAGUUCUCUUCACAUGUUUUGUUUUUUCUGGUCACUUGGGCAGUGUAAGGAAAUACAGCUUCUGAGUAUUGGUCACCUCUUCUCUGAAUCUGUUUCCUGAGACAUAAUUAGAACUUCACAAAAUGACAUUUGCCCGAUAUAGGAUAUCUACAUUUAGGGACUAAGGUUUCUUUAACAAUUAGAAGUGUGCAGAAAUGGAUUACCAAAAAUCAUAGCAUUUUGAUUCAAGAAAGUAUAGUAAAGUAUAUGAAAUAGCCGCUUAGUUGUUUAUUAGUAUGAUGUUUUGAAGGAUAUUGUCUUUGGUUUUUAUCCUCUUUAGGAAAAGUAAAAUGACAACAAUAAGAUAUGGGGGGAAUGGCCAGAGCAGUGGAAGUCUGGAAUUCUGAACACAUGGGUCAGUGGAGGCUCUGGAGAGCCACAGAACCUGCUAGGCAGGUGGCUUAGGGUGUCAUCCUUCAGCAUUGUGCUGCUGCUCCCUCCACGGCAAGGCUUUCUGAGGCCCUUAAUACAUCAUGUGCUAAUAUUUAUUUGUAAAACUUUAAUUGUCCAAUCCUUUAUGAACUCAGGUUCAUAAAGAGUCACCUGAAAAUUAAAGGAAAAAAUAGCCUUUCAUAGCUUUGGUUUUCCAAUUUAAUUGUGGAGCCAAAGGAAAUAGAGCAUUUUCCUAAGAGUUGACGCCAUCAGUCUUAUUUGCUGUGUAGGAUGUAACAGUUUUUGUUGGCAAUCUCUCAGUGAUGUCUUUAGCACCUGUAAUAAUUGGGCUCAUUCAACAGAAAGUUGAAUUUGAUGAAGUGAGUCUUUGUCCAGGUGUAUAGUUCUGCUUCUGUGUUGAUGGCCAUUGUAUUCCUUUCCACAGGACCUUUAAACUCCCCUUAAAACUUCAGUCUUUGUCAGGCUGCUAAUUAAUAGAAGUAUUUAUUUGCCCAUACCACUUAGUUAAUAUAAAUAGCAGCCAAGCUAUGUCUGUAUCUGAUUGACAGUCUCCCAGCUAGAUUUGCUGUUAUUUUCAUUGUAUGGGUUUUUUUGUUUGUUUUUUUUUUUUUUUUUUUUUGUCAUUUCAAGAAAAUAUAGUUUGCCAUGAGAUAAAUAAUUUAGGGACUGCCUAUAUUCCAUUUGCCUUGUCUUUCCAGACUGUUUUAACCUUGGGGAGGAUUCUGGGAGACUGUUCCCAACAGAUUUUGAUCACUGAUUGUACACCUUUCUUUAUAAAAGUUACAUAUGAUAGAAAUUUGAGUGAAGCUGUGGGCAAGAAACAGAGAAAGUGGUGCAGACAUUUGGGAAGUGUGGAGGAGAGGGAAAUUCUAGGCCUGAGUGCCAUGAAGUACAUAUAGGAAAAUCUUCCUUCAGUCCCAUUGUGUACAAUGGUUUCCAUAUCAAAACUUGUUGGCUUAUGCUAAUGCUGUAUCUUUCUUUAAACUGCCCUGUGAUUUUACAUCAUGUUCUUUAAAGAUAUUUUAUCUGAUAACCUUAAAGAAAAAAAUGUAACUGCAUUUUUAUUUGAUAAUUAGUCAAAGCAGGCAAUGUUUUUUUGCCAUAUUUCUGUUUCAUAAAUGUUUACUUUUGUAUUUCAUGAAAUUAUUAUUUUUACUUUAAAAGUGCAUUUUUUUUUUGCUUUUCAUGGACUUCAUUUCAUCAUAUUUAUUGUUGUAAAAUGGACAUAUUACAGUUUAAAAAAAAUGCCAAGCCACUUAAUCAGAAUGCUGGAGUCUUACCUGUGGUGGUGGAUGGCCAAAGGAAUAUGGCCCAUGUGAUAGCCAGCUCAGCAUCAGUAUUGGAAAAAACGUUACUUUUCAAAGUUUUUUUUAAAGAGUAGAAUUUUAAAAUAUUUUCUUUAUUUUUUGUAAAGUGAACAGUUUUUAAGAGUAUCAGUAAUUAUUUACUUAUGACUAAGAAGAUAGAAAAAAUUUCUUAAUUAUUCUUAAUUAAUGUUCUCAAAUUUUGCUAUCACUCAGAUAAUGCGUUUUUGAGAUGAUAGGAACAGCUAAUAGCUCUUAAUGAACUGCCACUCUUCACUGUGGUUCCUGCUUUUUAAUUAUCAUUUUUAUAUUAAAAUGAAUACAUUUAUUUUGUUCCUUUUGUUGUUGCAGUUUGAUGCAGCUUAAUUAUUAGGUCUAUACUGUAUUAUGUUUUUGCUGUCAACCUAUAGACUAAUUCUUUUGUUUCUAAAUUUCUUUGUAGGUCUUGCCCUUAUAGCCCCAGUAUUACUGAAUGAGCACAGAAUGUUAAGGAGUCUCAUCACAAGGUUACCUGACAUGAUGCUCUCCCCUUUCCUUCCCUAGAAUUUUUUUAACUAUUAGUUAGAAAAGAGCAUAGUUAAAAGUCAGAUUAAAAAUUCUAACUUGAAAGAAAAUUGAUUCCAGUAUUCAAGCUACUGUAUUCAAGCUACUGUUAGUUAUAAUUGCUUUGUUGCAAAAAUAGAUAAUUGCUUCUUUUGUUCUCAAAGAAUAUUGAGAACUUUUGGAAGUGACUUUGCAUGUCAUUGAAAUGCUAUGGGUCAAGUGAUUUUUAUAACAAAUGGCAGUAUAGCAAUGAACUAAAAACCAAAACAGCAACAACCAAACUUUGGUUUUCUGGUCUUGAGAAACAUCUAAUUUAGGAAGAGAGAUGUUCAUAGAUGUGCACCAGAAGAAACCUUUCCAUAGUGAGACUGGUCACAUGGACCUAGGUAACCAUGUUUUAAAAUAUGUAACCUUUGUUUCAUUGAAUUCUAAUACUGUUACAGCUUCUCUAAAUCUCUUCGUGCCAAAUUGAAAAAAAAAAAAAACUACUAUAAUAUGGUGCGUUCAUUUUGUUCACCACAUAAGUGGUUAACAUUUUAUAGCCUUGAUUUUUAAUGACUAAUGCCUUUGUAUAAAACUCACUUGGAAAAUAUAAAGAUCUAUUAUUCUUGAUUUCUUGUGUUUAAUUUUUUUUUUUUAAUUUUGGUUUUUUGAGAUAAGGUUUCUUUGUGUUACAGCCCUAGCUGUCCUGGAACUCACUCUGUAGACCAGGCUGGGCUUGAACUCAGAGAGACCCACCUGCUUCUGCCUCCCAAGUGCUGGAAUUAAAGGUGUGUGCUACCACCACCCAGCUGUUCUUGAUACUUUUAAAAGAUAACUUCUGAUUGGCUGAGAUCAUCAGUCUGAUGAUCAUUCGAGGCCCAUGCAGAAAUCCUCAGAGGACAGACAGAAUUCCAUUUGAGGAGGAUAGUGUUUGUUGGGGGAGCGUUGACAUUGAAAGGAAACAUUGCUCACCUUGAUUUCACUGACUAUGCUGUGUUAUGUCUUGUAGCAGCUCUAAAAAAAAUCAAAACCUGAUCUUUCAGGGGAAAAAAAAUGCUUUUUCAAGUCUAUAAUGUGUGUCUUAUAUGCUGCUCAUAGCAGAGAAGUCACUCAAGAGUCCCCCCAUCUUACUUGUUGGUGCCUGUGUGCUUCAAGAGCCAUAGCUGUGUAUCUGGUAACAGGCUGCUUGUUUUUUCCUGCCCUGUGGUAGGGCAAUGUAGGCAGAGAGAAGCCUACUGUCUAGUGUCCUGUAAAUGCUGCAUGGAGCAGUAUUAUCCAAAUAUGUGGUGGAAGUUUUUUGUUUGGUUGGGUUUUAUUAUAUGUAAGACAAUUAAAGGGAAGACUCGGAGACUUUUGUUGCUUCUGCUGUGUAACUCAUCAGAAAUGCUCAAAUUUACUUUUAAAGUCUCUAAGAAAGCAAGACUAAGCUAUGAAAACAUUAACAGAGUCACUUUUCUGAUGAGCCCUGCACUUUAUGUCAGCAAUGUCUGUGAAGAUCAGUUUUGCCUUAAAUUACUUUCAGUCCAACAGAGGCCAUUGUGUUUGGUGUAUAUGUACUCCUGUGAUCUCUCCAUUGACAUACAAUCCAUAGAAGAGCCUCAGACAUCAUCAGCAUCAUCUGGAGCUUUGAGCUUCUUGCCCAGUACUUGGUUUGACUUCUGUAUUAGAUGCACUUCUCAUUUCCGUGAGUAGUGCAGGCAUGACCAGAAGCACUGCUAGGGGAGAAUUCCCUGGCUGGAAUAUCCACACACAGUGAAAACUUUCUGAACAGUUGAGAGUUUCCUGUUCUUUUAAUGGUGAUUGUGCAAAGAUAUUCUAAGGGUUCUGUGGUUCAGUGACAAAAUUAAGAUUAUUUUUAAGAAUUUGAACAAUUGUCUUUGUGUAUUGGGAUGCUUAUUUACCAUUAAAAAGAAAAACAGGAGAAAACCAAACAAAAUGGAGACAUUUAUUAGACAUGGUGAUGUGAAGAGUUGUAGUUUAUCACUUUUAAAAGAGAAUUAGGCAGGAAACAUUGCCUAUGGUAGAGAAGAUAGAAGAGCCCCUUUACCAGGCUGUGUUGGAUGCCACAGACUAGCACAGUCAGGCAAUCACAUGUUUACCACUGAAAGCCAUUUCUUUUCUCUUAUAAAUCCAAGUGCUACGGCUAAACAUAUUCAUCAUAAGUUUAAUAUGCAUUUGUGCAUUUUAAGCAAAGCAGAAAGUGGUUUUCUCUUUUGAAGUUGCUUUUCAUGGUAUACUGAUUUCAGUAUUCUAGGUCAGGGCAGAAUUAAUUAUGUGACUGUAUUGCCCUGGUCUUCAUUGAUGAGCUUCACAAGUGAAGGGUUUGAGUAACAAAUCAGCAAGGAUUGCAAAAAGUAAAAUGUAGGCAUUGAGAGAGACUAUACUGUGAUGAAUUAUAUACUUUGGGUGUAUUCUGCUACACUGAAUUUAGACUGUAAUUGCUGGAAUUGAUUCUAGCUAAAAAUUUGCUAAGAGCUUUGGGAAUUAGAAAGUUGCACUUCUGAGUAAAUUUUCUCUAAAUUCCCACAGGCUAUAGCUUUAGCCUUUGUUAAUCUGAAAGACAGAUGAUCUUUCUCAGUGAUAGCUAUAUUUUCAUGUAGCUUUUAAUAAGCAGCCAGAUAUUAAUUUCAUGAAAUAAUGUAAAUAUUAGAAAGUAAAACAGGAAAAUGGCAUAUAAAAGUGACAUUCUGAAUGGCAAGUCUCUAAUGCUGGGUAUCUCGUAAGAACAAUCUAUUCCUGGAAAAAAUUUUGGAAGGUACUAGAAUUGAAAGUAUAAGUUUGCUACAUAAAUCAAGUUUCUUAGGAAAUUUGAGAUGAUACUGCCAUUUGUCUUAUAAUUUAAAGAUGUAAUCUCCUGAGUUAAGCCCUGCAGGAACCACCCACUUCAUUUUGUAAGAUCCUUUUAGGUAUGGGGAAGUAGGUAUGUUUAUAACACAUGGAAUGGAAGCCCAAGGCUGGUCACUUUAUAGUCAAGACAGGAGGGGGGAUAAUGGCUGUGAAGUACAUAUUUCAUGGAGCUGAAUAGAACCUCAAUAGAAUAUUGUCUCUUGUCUGAAGAAAGAGACCACCUCAAACCACAUGCCUGUCUAGAGAUUGAAUAAAACUGUGUGAAUGCCUUAAGGUGACUGGUGGAGGUACUGGUGGGCAUGUAUGCACCCAUCUGAAUUAGGCAACAGUCUAUUUCAAACCAACUUUGUAUAGCCCGAGUUGCUCCUGUCCAUAACCUGUUGAGGAAGAUGAGAAAUAUGGUGCUGGUUACUUUCGUGUGUCUGGGGAGGCUGACAUCAUUGCUUGACAUCAUUAAGGCACUGUCCAGUGUCCAAGCCUUCCUUCAAUACCACUUGUACAUCUACAUCAGUUCAUCUAUGCAAGCUUGUGUUUUGUGGUUUGUAUUUUACACCUGAACAUCAGGUUUAGCAUUGGUGUUAUAAAUAAUUUUUAAACCAAAGUAUUGUAUGAGUAAGUCUGUGUGCUUUGUUUUUGUGGAUGGUUUGAGGUAAACACCUAUCUUGUCUUCUCUUAAUAAAGUCAUCUGUUUAUUAAGUCA